AUGCCAUCACCAACGACCAUUCAGGUUGAUGAGCACACACGAUUGCUUAGCAAUGACGACCGGAUCCCGUCGACGACCGAGUAUGCGACUGCAAAAGACAAGGUCCGACUGAGAACCCAACUGGUGGUAAUAUUAUUUGUGUGUGUACUUUACUUCAACACGUACAUAUGCCUUGCACCAGAGGUCAGCAUUCGAGAAAACAUCAUCUGCAAAGCUUAUUACGACGGGCUCGAUAACGACGAGGUUUUGAUCACUGGCCAUCCUGAGCGCGACUGCACCGUGGACGCCGUGCAGAGAGAGCUGAGUCUGCUCAGUCAGGUGUACGUUACGAUUGCACAGCUACCGGUGAGUGAUAUUCUUUGUCAGCAUCUUCUUGCCAGCAUCAAAUUGACACAGCAAGCGUGGCAACCAAAUAUUUUCCCUUUAAGAGCCAUCUGGCUCGCGCCACUCUUCAGGCUCGUUGGAGGCGGUGAUGCUGUCGCUGCAACAGUGGCCCUGGCGACAUUGGCAGAUGUCUACACGGACCAGGAUCGAGUCGCAUCGAUGGCGACCGCCUGCGAACUUUUCUCACCUCUCAUCAGCUCUGUGCUCAUGCUAAAGAGCUCGUGGAUUCCGGUUCUUCUUGGCUUUGCAACUUUCCUGGUGGGCGCAUCGGCAACCCUCGUGCUUUUACCAGAGACACUAGCACGGAGGCCACAGUCAGGACAUGCACUUGAUGCUUCCGCCACGCCCAAGACACAAGCCCCCUUGGGAGAUCAGAUCACGGCAAUGUUGGUGGUGUUUCGACAAUCUGUCGUUUCCGUCUUCGCCAUAAAAAAUGUCAGACUCAUCCUAUUUGGUUUCUUUGCAGCUACUGUCGGCACCAUAGCCGCCGGAUUCGAACUGCAAUACGUUCACAAGCGAUUUGGUUGGAGUUAUGCAUAUGCAAGUUCCGUUCUAGCCAUACGGCCCUCCAUCACUCUUGUACUUCUCUUGGUCAUCAUUCCACUUCUCAGCAAGACGAUUAUGGGGAAGUUUGGGUUGUCGAGUGGCCGGACAGAUCUCUUCCUUGUUCGCGUCAGCGCCGCAUUGCUUACCGCUGGUACUCUGCUUCUGAGUGUCUCCGAGAUAUCAUCCCUUGCCAUUCUGUCCUUGAUCAUCUUUGCUCUCGGAAACGCCUUUGCAACUAUAGGUAAGAGCUUGCUCACGAGUUUCGGCCCGCCCGAAAUGGCGGGGACUUUACUGUCUGCAAUGAAUGUAAGCGCAUCUCUCGGAGCGGUGAUUGCUGGACCGAUCAUCGCCGUAAUGUUCGAUUGGGGGCUAAAGCAGGGUGGGAUCUGGGUUGGUGCCCCCCUGUUUUUCGUCACGUUGCUUUACGCAAUGACUUUAUGCUCUGUGUGCGUCAUGAAGCUUCCAGAGAAAUGGAAGGAUGGUGGUGAUGAUGAUGAUGAUGAACAAGAUCAGCAAGGAGCGCAAGGUGUCUUGAGCUCUUGA